AUGGGCGUUAUAAACAUCCCCAGACGGGUUCUAAUCUCUAAAAAAGUUUUGCUGGCUGCGAUACAAGCGCGCAAAUUUAGUGAUGCCGGUUCUGCGAAAAAAACCGCCCUGUACGGUCUACACGAAAAACAUGGUGGCAAGUUGGUGGAUUUCGCCGGUUUCCUUCUGCCCGUACAGUAUUCAGACAUGAGCGUAUCGUCAUCACAUCUCUUCACAAGAAACAGUGCAUCCAUUUUUGACGUAUCGCAUAUGCUGCAGACUAAUGUUCACGGGAAAGACUGCAUCUCCUGGUUCGAAUCCAUUUGCCCCGUCGACUUGAGAGGAAUGCCUGAUGGUUCCAGCUCAUUAACAGUAUUUUUGAAUGACAAAGGUGGUAUUAUCGACGAUUUAAUUGUCACAAGGGUUAAAGAAAACCAGCUAUACAUAGUCUCAAAUGCGGGUAGACUUGAAGUGGACCGCCAGCACAUGCUAGAAACGUCCGAACUGUACCGAAAAAAUAACAAAGAUGUAACAGUUGACUUCUGGGAUGUGACGCAGCGGGGUCUUAUUGCAGUCCAAGGGCCUAAAGCCGUUAGAAAUUUGCAGAAUUUGACCGACGUUCCGUUAGAAGAUCUGGUCUUCAUGACGAGUCGAGUCGGGUCUGUAGCUGGAGUAGAGUGUAGAAUAACACGAUGUGGAUAUACUGGUGAGGACGGAGUCGAAAUAUCAAUACCAGCGGACAAAACUACAGCAGUAACAGAAGCUCUUUUACAAUCCGGGGAGGUGAAACUAGCUGGCCUUGGCGCAAGAGAUUCCCUACGAUUAGAAGCGGGACUGUGUUUAUAUGGAAACGAUAUUGAUGAACGGGUUACACCGGUCGAAGCAAAUUUAACCUGGUUGAUUGCUAAGAGACGUCGCGGUGAAGCUAAUUUCCCGGGAGCUGAUAUCAUUCUGCGACAGAUCAAGGAAGGGGUUUCCAAAAGAAGAGUGGGGAUAAGAAUGGAAUCUGGUGCACCAGCGAGAAAAGGCGCAAUACUAAAGAACAAAGAUGGCGAAAUCAUAGGCAACGUGACGAGUGGAUGCCCAAGCCCAUCAUUGGGCGGGAACGUAGCUAUGGGUUAUGUUCGCGAACAGUACAAAAAGGCUGCUACUGAAUUGAUCGUUAAUAUAAGGAACAAAGACGCAUUCUGCACUGUAGCUAAAAUGCCAUUCGUCCCUUCCAAAUACUAUAUUAAGAAAUAA